GUGUCUCUUCCCCGUCCGUCGUCGAAGCCUACCGGGCAAAUAGGGCUCCCAGAAAUCUUGGUUGCGUCCCGACUCCGCGCGACGAUGUCGACCUUCAGCGGCGAUGAGACUGCCCCCUUCUUUGGAUUCCUCGGAGCCGCCGCGGCUCUCGUGUUCUCCUGCAUGGGGGCGGCGUACGGGACGGCCAAGAGCGGAGUCGGGGUGGCGUCGAUGGGAGUGAUGCGGCCGGAGCUUGUGAUGAAAUCCAUCGUGCCCGUUGUUAUGGCCGGAGUGCUCGGGAUCUACGGGUUGAUCAUUGCGGUUAUUAUUAGCACCGGGAUAAACCCCAAGGCGAAGUCGUACUACCUCUUUGAUGGGUACGCGCACCUCUCCUCGGGGCUCGCCUGUGGUCUCGCUGGCCUCUCUGCCGGAAUGGCGAUUGGGAUCGUCGGUGAUGCCGGAGUCAGGGCCAACGCUCAACAGCCGAAGCUAUUUGUAGGCAUGAUUCUUAUUCUCAUUUUUGCGGAAGCCCUUGCUCUCUAUGGUCUCAUUGUUGGAAUCAUCUUGUCUUCUCGGGCUGGUCAAUCUCGGGCAGAUUAAGAAAACAUGAUUGCUAUGUCAUAUUCCGUGCCCCUAUAUGUCACUGUGGAAACAAACAGGUGUUCCCUUUAAGCUUUAUGAUCACACACUAAUAUUUGUUUGGCACGUUACUGGCAUGAGUCAUCGGUUGACGGCCGAUGAAUUCUUAUUCUUAAUAAUGUGAUGUUUUGAUCGAUCUUGUAAGGUAAGGUUAGGGACCUUUUGCUGCAAAUAACAUGAGGUCAGCAACUGCGAAGCACAAGGAUUUGUAUAGUUAUUCAAUAAUUCUCAUAUGGAUCAAAUUGCUGAA